GUUGUGUUUCUGGAAAGUACCGCAGACUCUCAAAGUCACUUUAUGAAAUUGCGUAGGGCCACUAAGGGAUGAAUUCUAUAUUGAACCUGUGGCGAAAGCGGUCCUGGACGUAAAGCGGCUGCUAGCGAGCAGAAGACGAUAUUCUAUGUUCCGGAACGGAGGCAUAGCACACAGGCUGUUUCUGGGAGGCCCGUAGUCUUUGCACCACCGUGCCCCGCCCCUCGCGCAGCCACGUCUCCGCUGGAGAAGUCGGGCUGGGCGGCUGCCGCAGCUUCCGCAGCGUUAGGUCAUAAAGUGGAGUGUCUGUUACUAAUAACAGCUUCCUUGUGACACACCCCCAGCUGUCUGAUCCUCCUCCAACUUCUCAGAGAUUUGCUUUUGUCAGCGGUCUGAGGUAUUGUGAUAUUAGUUGGCUGGACAUCAAGCUGCCUGUGAAUCUUUAAUUUUUACCUUGAAAAUGGAAAACAUGGUGGGGCCCUCUCUGGGAACUCUUGGCUGUUGCUGAUGGCAGAAACUGGGCUCAUCUGUAGUUCAUGCACCCUUUGAUGUUAAUCCAACCUGGGUCAUCCUGACCAUGGAUGGUGCGGCAGCUGAGCAGGAUGGCCUCUUGGAGGAUGGACCCAGCAGUGGUACUUCAGCUCUCCCUGAGGCACCUCUAGAACCUCAGGGCUCACUGGCACUGCUUAAUAUGUGGGACAAGGCCCAAUGUACCAAUGUUGAGGCCAACAGAGCUUCCAAGGAAGGGGAAAGCCCACAUGGACCUGGCCAAGGAGGCCUCUGUCAGAAUGGGCCAACAUUGGAGCUCCCGGACCCGUCAUUGUCUCUCGAUCCCACUACAAGCCCAGUGGGUCCAGAUGCCUCUCCAGGUGUGGCUGAUUUCCAUGACAACCUAAGGAAGUCUCAGGGACCUAGUGCUGAGGGCAGUGUUAGAAAAGAAGCUUUGCAGUCUCUCAGACUCAGUCUUCCUAUGCAAGAAACGCAACUGUGCUCUACAGAGUCUCCACUGCCCCUGGAGAAGGAGGAGCAGGUCCGACUUCAGGCACAAAAGCAGCUGGAAGAGCAGCUCAAGCAAUACAGAGUGAAGCGCCAGCAGGAGCGAUCCAGUCAACCUUCAGCAAAAACAAGACUUUUUAGCACACUUGAUCCUGAACUCAUGCUAAACCCAGAACACUUACCAAGGGCCAGUACUGUGGCUAUGACAAAAGAAUAUUCCUUUCUGCGCACCAGUGUCCCUCGGGGGCCUAAGGUGGGCAGCUUAGGGCUCUUGGCACAUCCCAAGGAGAAAAAAAGUUCAAAAUCAAGCAAAAUUCGAUCUCUGGCUGAUUACAGAACUGAAGGCUCAGAUGCUGGGAGUUCUGGUAGAAAUGUUUCAGCUACCGACUCUCCCAUGGGUUCCCUGAAGCAGAGUAGAAGCAGUGCGUCAGUUGUGUCUGAAAUCAGCCUGUCUCCUGAGACUGAUGACCGUCUGGAGAAUGCUUCACUAACUGGAGACAGCGUGUCCGAGGCUGAUGGAAAUGAGAGUGACAGUUCAUCACACAGCAGUAUCUCUACCCGUGGGACAUACGGUGUUCUGGUGAACACAGUGGGCACACAGGAAACUUCAUUUGUGGUAAAUGGCCAGGAGAUUGCCUUGGAUGCUUUGGGCCAGUUCCCCUCGAUUAAGGAUGUCCUCCAGGCUGCAGCAGCUGAGCACCAAGACCAAAAGAGGGAAAUCAAUGGGGAUGUGCAGAGUCGAAGAAACAGCAUCUGUAGCAGUGUUUCUGUGGAAGGCUCUGCUGCUGAGACUCAGGAUGAAAUGUUGCAGGUUCUCAAAGAAAAAAUGAGACUCGAAGGACAACUGGAAGCUUUAUCAUUAGAGGCUAGUCAGGCACUUAAGGAAAAGGCAGAGCUGCAGGCACAGCUGGCGGCCCUUAGCACCAGGCUGCAGGUACAGGUGGAGCACAGCCAGACCAGCCAGCAGCGGCAGGAUUCCCUCAGCCUGGAGGUGGACACCUUGAAGCAGUCCUGCUGGGAUCUGGAGCAGGCAAUGACUGACCUGCAGAAUAUGCUGGAAGCCAAAAAUGCCAGCCUGGCAUCCUCCAAUAGUGACCUGAAGGUGGCAGAGGAACAGUACCAGAGGCUUGUGGCAAAAGUAGAAGACAUGCAAAAGAGCAUCCUCAGUAAGGACAACACAGUGCAUGAUCUUCGACAACAGAUGACAGCCUUGCAAAGCCAGCUGCAGCAGGUGCAACUGGAACGUGCAACACUGACCAGCAAGCUGAAGGCUUCACAGGCAGAAAUCUCAUCCCUGCAGAAUGUCCGGCAGUGGUACCAGCAGCAGCUUGCCCUAGCACAGGAGGCCCGAGUCAGGCUGCAGGGUGAGAUGGCCCACAUCCAGGUUGGACAGAUGACCCAGGCAGGCCUCCUGGAGCACCUGAAACUUGAGAAUGUGUCCCUAUCCCACCAGCUGACAGAAACACAACACAGGUCCAUCAAAGAGAAGGAGCGCAUAGCUGUUCAGCUCCAGAGCAUUGAGGCUGACAUGUUGGAUCAAGAAGCAGCCUUUGUGCAGAUCCAGGAGGCGAAGACAAUGGUAGAGGAAGACCUCCAGAGGAGACUGGAGGAGUUCGAAGAUGAGAGGCAGCGGCUACAGAGGGUAGCAGCCUCGGCAGUAUCCCUGGAGCAGCAGCUAGAGCAGGUUAAGUUGACUUUGCACCAGCGAGACCAGCAGCUGGAGGAUUUGCAGCAGGAACACCUGGGCCUGCUGAAGCAGCUCACCUCAACACAGGAGGUGCUGCGGGCCAGGGAGCAGGCCCUUGAUAGCCUGCAGACGCACUUCGACGAGCUGCAGGCCAGGCUGGGGGAGCUGCAGGGGGAGGCAGCCUCCAGAGAGGACACAAUCCACUUCCUGCAGAAUGAGAAGAUUGUCCUGGAGGUGGCUCUGCAGGCGGCUAGGAGCAGCAAGGAGGAAUGUGACAAAGAAGCAAGACGCUUAGAGGAAGGUACUGAGGAAACGUCUGGAAUUUUAGAGCAGUUGAGAGAAGAAUUAGCCAUCAAGUCCAGCCAGGUGGAGCACCUGCAGCAGGAGACUGCCACUCUGAGAAAGCAGAUGCAAAAAGUAAAGGAACAGUUUAUUCAACAAAAGGUGAUGGUGGAGGCCUACCGGCGGGAUGCCACCUCUAGAGACCAGCUUGUCAGCGAGCUGAAAGCCACAAAGAAGGGGCUGGACGCAGAGGUGAAGGGGCUGAGGCAAGAGCUGCUGAAGCUGCAUGGAGAGAAGAGAGCCACAGAGUUGGAGCACUCACGCCUGCAGAAGGAAGCAUCGCAGGCCCAGCAGCAGGCGAUGGAUCUUGAAGGGCAUCUCCAGUCAGUGCAGAAGGAGCGGGAGGAGAUGGAGGCGCAGCUGCAGUCUUUGCAGUUCGACAAGGGCCAGGUGGUUGCCCUCACAGAGGCGAAUGAGGUGCUCAAGAAACAAAUUGAAGAGCUGCAACAGGAGGCCAGGAAGUCCAUCACAGAACAGAAGCAGAAGAUGAAACAACUUGGCUCAGACCUCACCAGUGCCCAGAAGGAGAUGAAGACCAAGCACAAAGCCUAUGAGAACGCUGUGAGCAUCCUUAGCCGCCGCUUGCAGGAGGCCCUCACUGCCAAGGAGGCUGCUGAUGCAGAGCUGAGCCAGCUCAGAGCCCAGGGCACCACCAGUGGUGGUAGCGACCUUGCUCUACAUGAAAGGAUCCAGGCCCUGGAGGUGGAGCUUCAGAGCGUCAGCCAUAGCAAGGUGCUGCUGGAGAAGGAGCUGCAGGAGGUCAUUGCAGCAACUGGCCAGGAACUGGAGGAGGCCCAGGAGAAGGUGCUAGAGCUAGAAGACGAGCUCCAGGAAUCCAGAGGCUUCAGGAGAAGGGUCAAGCACCUGGAAGAGUCCAACGAGAAGUUGGCUCUUGAACUAGAACAUGAGAAGGGGAAACUUAUGGGCCUUGGACAAUCUAACGCGGCUCUGCGGGAGCACAACAGCAUCUUAGAAAGAGCUCUGGCCAAGAGGGAGGCAGACCUGGUCCAGUUCAAUCUGCAGGUCCAGGCGGUUUUGCAGCGCAAAGAAAAGGAAGAUCGCCAGAUGAAGCAGCUUGUGCAGGUCUUGCAAGCCUCACUAGAGAAAGAAAAGGUGAAAGUCAGCAGCCUCAAGGAGCAGGUGACUGCUGCCAGGGUAGAAGCUGGUCAUAACCGCCGCCACUUCAAGGCAGCCACCUUGGAGCUAAGUGAGGUGAAGAAUGAGUUGCAGGCUAAGGAGCACCUGGUGCAGAAACUGCAGGCUGAGGCUGACAGCCUCAGGUUUCAGGAGGGGAGACAUUCCCAAGAAGUGGCGCAAUUCCAAGUGGAGCUGGCUGAGGCCAGGGCGCAGCUGCAGCUCCUACAGAAGCAGCUGGAUGAGCAGCUGAGCACACAGCCCCUGGGAAAUCAAGAGGUGGAAAAUCUCAAAUGGGAGGUGGAUCAAAGAGAGAGAGAGAUCCAGUCCUUGAAGCAGCAGCUGGACUUGACGGGACAGCAGGGCCACAAGGAGCUGGAAGGAACACAGCAGAUGUUGCAGAGUCUCAAGUCUGAGUUAGAGAUGGCACAGGAAGAUCUGGCCAUGACCCAGAAGGAUAAAUUUAUGCUUCAAGCCAAAGUGUCAGAACUGAAGAACAACAUGAAGACUCUGCUUCAGCAGAACCAGCAGCUCAAGCUGGACCUCCGCCGUGGUGCAGCCAGGACGAGAAAGGAGCUGAAAAGCGAGGCUAGCUCUUCCAGCCCUGCCACACCCAUCAAGAUCCCUGACUGCCCUGUUCCUGCCUCGCUGCUAGAGGAGCUGCUGCGACCCCCACCUGCUGUGAGCAAGGAACCCCUCAAGAACCUCAACACCUGUCUCCAGCAGCUCAAACAGGAGAUGGACAGCCUGCAGCGCCAAAUGGAGCAGCAUACCAUCACCGUGCAUGAGUCCCUGUCCUCCUGGACCCAGGGAGAAGGCCACCUCUUAGACCUAGCCACUGCUGGCCCUACCCUUCUGGGGGACCAUGCCAACCCCAGGGGUGACAUGCAGAAACAUAGUCAGAGCAGGGCUUCCAAAGAAGGACCAGGACAGUGAUGGCUGCAGCCUCACCUCCAAGUGUGUACCUGUGUGAAGGAAUAUUCUUUUACCAAUGUUAUUUAUUUGAUUCUGUGUUCUAUGUUUUUCUAAGAAAUGAAAUUUAAGUUUUGCUUUUGCCUUUAACAAGGAGUAAAAUAACAGAAUGAGAACCAAGGAUUAGAGAAAUAGUCAUUUGAAGAUCACAAUUAACUUUUCCCAUGAAACAACCAAAUCUUAGAAACCUAGUUCAGAUCUUAGUAAGGAAAUUUUGAUUGUCUCUGAAGGGUUAUUUGCAGAAGCCAGCAUCUUCUAAGUGACAGCAGCCAGUUACUGGUAGAAACUAUAAGACAAAAUCUGUGGCAGCAGCAGUGGACAUGAUGGACAGCCAGUGGGGUAUAGCUCACAUUCCUGCUCCAUUCAGUAGAGCUUUACUUUCCUACAGAAACAAAAUUUUAUUUAAAUUUUAUUUGCACUUUUGGCUUUUUAUUAUUUUUUUCAAUAACCAUCUCACCAUAGGAUAUGUAUAUAAAUACUGAAAUUUAUAAUCUAAUCUUUAAGAAGUAUAUGCUCACAUAUUUAAGAAUGAUCUAUUUGUCUUUUUAUUGAUUGCCAUUUGAAAAUUUGUUGUAAGGAAAAGAUGUUCAUGUAGGAUUUAGCGAUGUCAGUCAGAAAAUUGUAUUUUAAGAAAUGUAAUUAUUUACCUUCUGAAACCAAAUAUUCUAAUACAAAAAGGGUUCUUUGUUCCUUUGCUUUACUUUAUUUCUAGAGGGUCUUUCCUUCCAGCCCAGUCUCUUCUUGGCAGACCACCAGGCAGGAGCCAGUCAACCUUCAAUUAGGCCUGAUGGCUACCAAGAGGCACAGGGACACUGAGGUCUCCACAUGCAGACCUGACUUUUAGGGCAUGCAAGGAGAGGCCAGAGUGGAAGAGAAGGCAGAGGAGGAAGGGAAAGUAGGCCAGAGGCUGCCUGCAGGGUUUUCUGUGGUUUCCACUUGAACCUAAACAAUUUACAGUGUGUAAAACAGUAAUAAGCCAUUCUCCAAGGCUCAUGCUUUUGUGCCCCAGUGAAAUCUUCCCCAGGGCCUGUCCAAAUGCUUUUAUGGUGUCAUCAAAUCCUAGAUCCUCUGUGGUUACAGUGGCAUCACUGGAGCACAGAGGUGGUUUGCAGAAGAGCCAGGCCAGCAGCACCCCAGGGAAGGCGACUGGGCUCCCUGGAGGUGCCUUGGAGCAGGUGCCUCUUAAGUGUGUGAGAUUCAUGUUUCAUUGACUGGUUUACUAAGGAAAUCUGAAAUAAUAUUUAUUCCUAUAUGUUAGGGGGAGAGCAAGAAAGAGACACAGGGUUCACGUGGCCCUUCUGAGUGUCACUGGCCACUCCAGAUGUGCUGUGUCUGCUCUAUGGAGAAGCAGUUUGUGUUCUCUUGUAAUAUACUAUUAGAAAGUUAAUGGACAAGGUUAAGGUGACAUUAACCACAGAGAUGUUUAGGGUUUUAAAAAUAUUCAAUAGCAAGUAUUUGAACUUCUAAAAUAUGUAUAUCAUUUGUACAGGGUUAAUUUUGAAAUAAUACUUGAAAAUUUCAUUAUAAACAUCUCUAGCUUUUUAAGUUAGAAAUUGUUUUUGACUAAAUUGUUUUGUACCAUUAGAAAAAGAAACACUAACAUACAUUCUUAUUUAUUUUGGCUGUAUUAUCCUGUCUUAAUUUUAAAACAAAGAAAUAACACCUCAGACUCAUUCUGUGGCAGAGCUGCUUUCUCUUUGCAUAUAAAAGGUCUUCAUGGGGGUGAUGCUCAUGGUGUAGUUUUUUUUCUCUUGGAUAAACUAAUUUUGAAUAUAUUCAUCAAGUGAAAGCAGAUCUCUGUUCCUCAGGCCUUUUUCUCUGUUUAGCUGUCCUGCGUGUGCACACACCUGUGUACAUGUAUGCUUGUGUGUGUACACGUGCAUGUAUGUGUGCCUGAAAGUGUGUGUGUGCAUGCCCUGUGAAUCAGCACCUCUUGGUUUUCUGUGUCUCCGUGGGCCAGUUUGUCACUGGGGUCCAGAAGGGCCUACCUGUCUCUGUCCCCCACCGCAGUAUGAGCCUCUGUUUGCUCCUGCAUUUUUGCACAUGGUCUGUGGCACUGAGGCUGAGGCCUCUUGUGUUCAAGCUAACACUGCCUUUGGGCUUCCUUAAGUAGUUACCUUAAAGAGGGAGUUGGAUUUUUAAAUUGCCCACUUUUUUGUCUCUAAGGGAUUCUCCUGGUUCUCCUACCUCCUAGAGCUAGAUUCUUCAGUGAAUGAAGUUUGAAUUGUUCUUGUGGAAUAUACUCUUGGAACCCAGUAGUCAAGUCUGGAGCAUUACUUUAUAAAACAGGGUCACCACUGCGUUGUGUCUGUGCGUGUGACCCAUCCCCACACUGUGUCAUGUCCCACUGCAGGGAAUUUUGGCUUGGGCACUUCAUGUCAUUAUCUGUUUUUUGGGUUUUUUUAAAAAUCUGUUUUUCUUACGUUUCAAAAAAACUUAUUGCAGCGUGAUUUUCAUUGAUUUUUCCAUGGGGUAUGUCAGAUGCCACGGACCUUAUCAACUCAUACACCUUGGUCUUACUCUUUGGAGUAUGUUAUGACACAAUGUUUUUGAUAGGAUAUGAAUCUGAAUCCCCUCAGCCUGGCUCCUGGGAAUGGUACCCACCAAGAUAGGCCUUGAAGGUGCACUGCCUCAGGAAGUUUGCAGUAAAUUUAUCCUCGGUUUGAAAACUUACUUUCCUUCAUAUGACAACACUGCAAAAGCUGAGGGCUUGCAGAGUCACCACAAGGUAUAUUCCUAAUUCCAAGAUGUUUUUUAACAGAAAUUAAAUGUCACGUGUAAAGAUUCUAUGAGUGGGGGGCAGCGCCUGUGGCUCAAAGGAGUAAGGCGCCGGCCCCAUAUGCCAGAGGGGCAGGUUCAAACCCAGCCCCGGCCAAAAAAAAAAAAAGAUUCUAUGAGUGAAAGGGACCAGCAUACAUUUCACGUUUUAAGAGUGAAAGAGAAAUGGAGCCUUCCUUUCAAGGACUCCAUUGUGUCACAAACAAUGCUGUGAUGUGAGACAUUCUGAGUCUUCUAACAAGUGAAUCUCCUCAUGUGGUGGUCUCAGGUUAUAAUAGGAUCCUUGAGGGUAAUGUGAGAGGGUCUAGAAAAUUCAAUGGUUUUAAGUUAUUCAUUUCUAUUAAAAAUUUCCUCACAAAAGAAUCCUCAAGUUGUGGCAUUCAGGGGAAAGGUGUCACCAUGUAUGACAAAUUGUAACUUUAAAAAGCAUGUUAAUUUUUUUUUUAUAAACUUAAGUGUGCUUGGGAAUUCCUUAAAUUUUGUGCAAUAAACUAUUUUUUGUAAAGAU